CAUAUUCUCAUCCACUCCCAGUCCAACGCUUCGCUCACUUUGGAGCCCUCACUUGCGCGCCAUCCAUACCCUCUCUCUCUCUCUCUCUCUCUCUCUCUCUCUGCUUCUCUUGUGCGCCUCACACCGCCGCCGUCCACCACUGCUCCGCACAAUUCUCUCCCUUUGUGUGCUCCAUUGUUAGGGUUCUUUGAGCACUGGGUUAGCGGUUCGCAUCGCAUAUCAGUGCUCACAGAAAGUUCACUGAAUGGCAAUUAUUCCUUGUGGAAGUACAUGGGUUGCUCAAUGGGGUAUUCGUCCCCAGACCAUGCUAAGGCCCUAUGCCAUAAACAAGGUCCUCACAUCUCAAUGUUGUGUUUCAAGCAAAAUAGGCUAUUUGGGGGCACUGAAUUCAAGCUUGUUCUCUCGGGAUUCCUUGAAUGCUCUAUUCUGUGCAGGCCCAUCUCAAACUUCACAUCACAGCAGGGGAACAAGAUUUAUAGUUAGAGCAGAUUCUGACUUUUAUUCUGUUCUCGGGGUGUCAAGAAAUGCGAGUAAAUCAGAAAUUAAAAGCGCUUAUCGGAAGCUUGCAAGAAGUUAUCAUCCAGAUGUAAACAAAGAACCAGGGGCAGAAACAAAAUUCAAGGAAAUUAGUAAUGCAUAUGAGGUCUUGUCUGAUGACGAAAAACGAUCGCUAUAUGACAAGUAUGGAGAGGCUGGAAUUAAAGGUGCUGGUAUGGGUACUGGGGAUUUCAGCAAUCCGUUUGAUCUGUUCGAGUCCCUAUUUGAGGGCAUGGGCGGUAUGGGUGGGAUGGGCGGAAUGGGGGGCAGGGGUUCUAGGAGUCGAGCGGUUGAUGGCCAGGAUGAAUAUUAUAAUCUUGUCUUGAACUUCAAGGAAGCAGUUUUUGGGGUUGAAAAGGAGAUUGAAAUUAGCCGGUUGGAGAGCUGUGGGACUUGCAAUGGUUCUGGUGCUAAACCAGGCACCAAGGCAUCCAGAUGCAGCACAUGUGGUGGGCAAGGUCAGGUUGUUCAAUCAGCAAGGACUCCGUUAGGUGUCUUCCAACAGGUCAUGACGUGCUCAUCAUGCGGUGGGACUGGGGAAACAUCCAUCCCUUGUAACACUUGCUCUGGGGAUGGUCGGGUGAGGAGGACAAAGCGGAUCAGUCUGAAAGUUCCAGCUGGUGUGGACUCUGGGAGCCGUUUAAGAGUCCGAAAUGAAGGUAAUGCUGGAAGGGGGGGCGGGUCUCCUGGUGACCUAUUUGUUAUUAUAGAUGUCAUCUCAGACCCAGUCCUCAAACGUGAUGAUACCAACAUAUUGUACAGCUGCAAGGUAUCCUAUAUAGAUGCAAUUUUGGGAACUACAAUUAAGGUUCCAACAGUGGACGGGAUGGUUGAUUUGAAGAUUCCAGCUGGCACCCAACCGAACACGACCCUUGUGAUGGCUAAGAAAGGCGUUCCCCUCUUAAACAAAAGCAACAUGAGAGGUGACCAGCUCGUUCGCGUGCAGGUUGAAAUCCCAAAGAGAUUGAGCACCGAUGAGAAGAAGCUCGUCGAAGAACUUGCGAGUCUAAGCAAGGGCAAGGCUGCAAGCCGGAGGUAGUUUCUUUUGUGGUCCUUUGUUUCAUCGAUACAGAACUGGCCCCGGAGGUAGUUUCUUUUGUGGUUCUUUGUUCCAUCGAUACAGAACUGGCCCCGUCAGUUCGAUUAUAUUCUUCCUUGAUGCGCAUUGUGGACCGCAGCAAUUUUGAUUUAGUUUUGUGAGGGGAUCAUAUCUGUAGUCGUAGGUAGAACACUAGUUUGUUUUCUCAUACCAUGUAUUUUCAACCUAAUGCUUAUUUAUUCUUUGGGAUUAAACAUAAAUUAUACGAGGUUACAAGGAAGGUUUUCUUCAUAAUAGUUUAAGAUGCAGCGAGUGUUAUAUAUACUCACAGAGAGCAUGCUUUGUGUGUAUGAACAA